GGACAGAAGAAGGGGUUGAGAGGUAUUCACGAGAGGACACUGUCCAAGGACAGAGGUAGAGAUGGAACUGAAGAUGCUUGCCUUCCUGGGGUUACUGUGUGUUUCAUACUCAUACGCUUUGCCAGUGGCUCCAGAAACUGCAAAUGAAGAUAUGCAAUUUGCUCAGAAAUAUCUGGAAAACUUUUAUGAUUUUAAAGAAGAUAAGCACUCUUUAUUUAAAUCAACAAAUCUCAACCACAUGGCUGACAAAAUCCGGGAAAUGCAGUCGUUCUUUGGGCUGGAGGUGACCGGGGAGCUGAACCGUAAGACGAUGGACAUGAUGAAGCAGCCCAGAUGCGGAAUACCAGACGUCCGCUCAUACAGCACCUUCCCACGGAACCCUAAGUGGAAGAAGGAAGAUGUGACAUAUCGGAUUUUGAACUACACUCCUGACAUGCUGCAAGCUGAUGUGGACGAAGCAAUUGCAAAAGCCUUCCAGCUCUGGAGCAGCGUCACCCCUCUGAGGUUCAUCAGGCUCUACAGUGGUGAUGCAGAUAUAAUGAUCUCCUUUGCUUCUGGAUUUCACGGUGACUUCUAUUCCUUCGAUGGUCCAGGAGGAACGCUGGCUCAUGCCUACCCCCCCAACACUGGGAUAGGAGGGGAUGCCCACUUUGAUGAAGAUGAAAACUGGACCAAGUUUACCACCUAUAGUGGCUACAAUUUAUUCCUUGUUGCUGCUCAUGAGUUGGGCCACUCACUGGGUCUUGGUCAUUCCAAUGUCUUUGGUGCCUUGAUGUAUCCCAUAUAUAUGGCCAAGGAUACAAGAAACUACAGGCUUCAUCAGGAUGAUAUCAGUGGCAUUCAGGCCCUCUAUGGACCCCCAAGGGAAUUUCCUGCAUUUCCAACAAAAGCAUUUCCCCCACAAGAACCAACUGAAGUGACACCUACGGAAGCACCAACUCAAAUGUCACCAACAGAAAUGGCACCCACAGAAAGACCAGAGGACUGUGACCCUCAUUUGACUUUUGAUGCUAUCACUACUCUCCGUGGGGAAAUUCUAUUCUUCAAAGGCAGCUACGUCUGGCGCAAAAGUCCCUACUUCUCACAAAUCGAGCACGACACCAUAUCCACAUUCUGGCCAUCAUUGGUAGCUGGCUUUGAUGCUGCUUAUGAGAUUGACAAGAAGGAUCGAGUGAUCUUCUUUAAAGACAAUCAGUACUGGGCUGUCAGUGGGUACAGAAUAGAGCCGGGCUUCCCCAAGCCUAUUCAGAACCUGGGCUUUCCCAGAAGUGUUAGGAAAAUAGAUGCUGCUGUUCAUGAUCAAAAUACCAAGAAAACCUAUAUCUUUGUAGGCAACAAGUAUUGGAGUUUUGAUGAAAAUACCCAAUCAAUGGAAAGAGGAUAUCCAAGAAAAAUAGCAGCUGACUUCCAAGGAAUUGGCCAUUUCGUUGAUGCUGCCCUUCAGAAAAAUGGUCAUUUCUACUUUUUCCAUGGAUCCAACCAGUAUGAGGUUGACAUCAAGAACAAGAAACUGGUCCGUAAAAUGAAGAGCAACAGCUGGUUUGAUUGCUAGAAAUCUGAAACGAUAAUGCAAGUUUGCAUUUGCUCCAGAAGUGUUUUUCUUAAGUUCCUUGGCUAUAACCAAUAUCAUCCAGAUGUUAUUGUGCAUCUGAGUCUGUAAUUACGGUCUUUGAAGAAUCUAAUUUAAAAUUUUAAUAAUGUAAAACUUAAUGUACAGUUUUAAUUUAUUUUUCCAAGUAUUUAUUCAUCAAACUAGUUUUGAGUAAUAAAAGCAUUUUGCUGGAGAAUAGUA